AUGGGUAAAGAGAAGACUCAUAUCAAUUGCGUUGUCAUCGGACACGUGGACAGCGGGAAGUCGACGACGACCGGACAUCUGAUCUACAAGUGCGGGGGUAUUGACAAGAGAACCAUUGAGAAGUUCGAGAAGGAGGCCCAGGAGAUGGGAAAGGGAUCCUUUAAGUACGCGUGGGUUUUGGACAAACUGAAGGCCGAGAGAGAGCGCGGAAUCACUAUUGAUAUCACUCUCUGGAAGUUCGAGACUCCCCGGUAUUACGUGACAGUGAUCGACGCCCCGGGUCAUCGAGAUUUCAUCAAAAACAUGAUCACCGGUACCUCACAGGCGGACGUGGCUGUGCUCAUAGUGGCCGCCGGGACGGGAGAGUUCGAGGCC